CUUUGAAUAUCACUGUUCUAAAUGACGGCUUUUGAUAGCACUGAAAAUAGGUACAGUAUGAAUAACAUACAGUUGUCAAUAGCCUACUAUCAGUCAAGAAAGAUGACUGCUACACGGUUCACUUAAUGCAAAAAUGCGUAUAGCCCUAUAGUAAGCCAACUAUAGGUAGUAAUUCUGUAGAGGUGAGAUGUUUAGAUUGUGUGCAAGCAGCAUCUAGCCUGGCCAUAGUAGUGCCCUAGGCUAUAGAUUUUGUAGAGGGGCUGAAGAUCAAUGGAAUAGUGGGAAAUUAUGACGAACUGAAUGAAUUUCCCGAGGGAGAACAAUUUGAAUGUAAUUUCUUAUUUAACCAGGAAGUUGAGAUAUAAUAAAACAGUGUCUCGUUUGUCUCAGAUAGGCCUUGUGUCAGAAAUGAUGAUAACAUGAAAUACCCGAUAUUGCAUUAUAUCUUCAUACAUCCCAAACUCAGUUAUAUGACCAACGUUAGCCUACUAUUCAGUGAAGGACAUAGGCCACCUUUUGGAAGUGACCUCAGCUAUGCAUUGUCAAUAUCUAUCUUUCAUACUUAGCAUAUAGGCUAUUGUGUAAUUUGAUAUGCCCCCAUAAGGUGAAGGAGCUCCUCACAAUGACAACGAAUGCCGCUUCAGCCCGCGGAUGCGUUACCAGGGGAACGAACCACCAUUAACACAGUCACUGUGGGUGGCCGCCUGGCCGGCCAGUGUUUUGGGUUGGUGACUAGGCUAUGGGUGCGUCCCAUCUCCUUUCUCCUGAAGUCUGCACUCUUGCACUCUCACUACUUCCCACAAAUCUAAAAGCACUGGAUUGGUGGAGGCUUUGGAUAGAGGGAGAGUUUCUGUAAGUAUUCAUUAAAGGACUGUAUGGGUAUAGGCUAAAUAAUACCAACAGUAUAUUUCUUAGUCAUUUCCUUUCAAAUCAGUGAAGGGAAGUGAACAAGUGCACACUUUGGGAGGAAGGAGAUAUAAACAGGGCAGCUUGAUUGCGUGAGGGGUCGGGGACGUCCCCAUGCAUGCCCGGUCUAGCUGGCUUGUUGUAGCAACCACGGUUGCCACGGGGAAGGGGCUGAAUGAAACAUCCCUGCUUUGAUGGGAGGAUGGAGACCCAUAACAUCCAUCAUCAUCACACAGAAUAGGCUACGAGGAAUGGAGACAUUCAAUGUACUUGGGAAUGAAAUCUCUCCGGGAGACGCGCUACCGGGGCCGUCACACAACGAGAUCGUUUGGAGCUUGUCACCUUCACCGGACAACGGACCAUCACCUGUCUCCGAGCUCUCCUUCAGCCUAAGGAACCUCCGAUGCCACGACGGCGCCGACACCCCGCGCAGAAAGCUGCGACUGACGCCGGAGCUAGUGACUCCCAGUCACCCGGGACCCACGCCGAGUUCAACGUGGGGCAGAGGGCUUGCCCCCCCGGGAGAGGGGACGCCGACAGGUAACAUCCUGACAGAAUCCGGGAACAGGAGAAGGGGAGAGAGGUUUCUCUCCCCUGCACGUUCUGCUCCUAAAAUGAAGCGUCUGCGUGUGAAGCUGUCGACCCGGUUCUGCAGCGCUGCAGUUCAGAGGUCAGACCCAGGGGUCAGGGGUCUCAGGUGUCAAGGUCAAAGGUCACCGCCAGGAGAUGGAGCCUUGCGUGUCCGUCAGGGUGACGUGGAGCUGCCAGAUGUUGAGGCAUUGCUCUCUGUACGGCGGUUCAAGUCCAGGAGAAGGCCAUUCCCUCCCAGUAGCCUCCUGGGUUCUACUAUGGAGGACCACACCCUGACAGGAGACUACAGCAAGCCACUUCUGUUACCAGUGGAGAGAGUGGACCACCAGGAUCUUCACUGCAUCUCAGCCCAAACAGUGGCGUCUCUGCUAAGAGGACAGUACAGUGGUGCAGUGGAACACUUCCUCAUCAUAGACUGUCGCUACCCUUACGAGUACCACGGUGGACACAUCAAGGGGGCAGACAACCUCCACACCGAGGCUCAGAUCCAGGGGGCUUUACUCCAGCUCCCUGCCCUCUACCAGCUCUCCUCCUGGGGCAGAGCUCCCACCAGCCCCCCUGGACAGGCUCCAGAUACAGGCGUGAGUGGUAGUUCCAUGGGUGGAGUGUUACAGAGGUUCGGCUCACAGUCACAUUCACCCGGAAGUGGUACCACGCCACCGGGACAGGGGUCACCCUUGGAGGGGUCGUCGCCUCGGAAACUGAUCGUGUUCCACUGCGAGUUCUCGUCAGAGAGGGGCCCGCGGCUAUGUCAUUACCUGAGAGAGCUGGACAGAGCGCUCCAUGCCUCCCUCUACCCUCUGCUCUUCUACCCUGAGCUCUACCUGCUGGAGGGGGGCUACAGAUACUUCUACUCCUGCUACCCGGAUCUGUGUGAGCCGCGUGGCUAUGUUCCCAUGCUCCACAGCGAGUACAGAGAGCAGCUGGGACGAUUCAGACGGAAGACCAAGUCAAGACUCCACAAGAGACCGCCGCUCUACAAGACUCACUGACUUGCUUGCAUACCAACCUUCUACGGUCCCCUUUACACAAUGGUGACUGAUACCCUUACAGUCUGCUGUCAGGUUGUACAGAUUGGUCUCAGGGAGUCGUCUAACAAUAACCCCCUGAUGCAUAUCUCUUUUGAAAUGAGUUAUCAAUAAAGUUGUUUCAAUACAAAAAUAAUGUGUCAUUAUCAUGACCU